AUUUGAGAUUAUAUGGUUUACAAACAGAGAGGGAGAGAGAGACACAGAGGGAGGGAGACUGAGCGAGUCAGAGACAGGAGAACCUUUUGCUUUUUAUUGCGCUCUCUCUCUCAGAAAGCCUGAUUCUCUCUGUUUUUCGCUGUCUUUUUUUUAUCCUUUUCAGAAAAUCGUGCGGUCUUUUCUCUCUCUGUCUCUCUAGUUUCUCUCUCUUCAGUAGAGAAGUUAUGCAGAAUAGCAAUAUGGGGAUGGUCCGGAUGGAGAAGAAAUGGCCGUGCAAAUAAUGGCUCAGCAGCACACUAUGCCCAACAAUGCCAGUACCAACACUAGUGGUAACAAUACAAGCCACACCCAACAAGGACAAUUAUCUAAGACAAUGUUCCAUGACUUUCUGGGCAUGAAGAAGCCCACCGAUUCGCCUGUGGGUCUAACCCCCAAAGCUGCGGAGUCGCCUUCUGCCUCGGCCUCUCUAGGGGCUUCCUCUGGUGGUGGCCGUGGCCUCAUCUCCACCACCUCUGAUCUGGGUUCCGAAAGACAGGCUGGAAAUCAUCUUGAGGGUAUUCCAUUCUAUGGUCCAAGGAGUGAUAUUUCUGGGCAUGAAAUAAGCAACAGAAUAGUUGGAAGUAAGCGAAGCAAUCCCGACUCUGCAUUUUUGGGGUCAUUUAGGGAUGGGAUCAUAAACCUGGAUCAUGAUCCCCUUGAGAACUCGCAUUUGAUUAAGUUACUUCGAAAUGGAACUGGGGGGGAGCAACACAGAAGGUCCAAUGAUGAUGAAGUAUUCUUUGGAAUGCACCCACUAAGGCCAACUUCUGCUUCUCUUGUGUUUCAGCCUCCCACUGGCAGUAGAACUGAUGCUAAUGUUUCCAAAUGGGAAAGGCCUGCCUCUAUGAAUGUUGGCCCUGCUGUACAAUACCCCCCACGUGGGGGUCAAUUUGGACCUAUCCUGCAUCAGGUGCCUUCAAACAGAUUCAGGGAUGGCACUGCAGGUCCUUCAAGUAUCUCUCAGUCAGCUGCUGAUGAGGGAUCAAGAACUGGGAUUAAAGGCCCUGUAGUUUUGAGUUCCAUCAAUGCCACUAGUGGUGCCUCCGAGAGAAACUCAUCUGGUGUGCUGCCAAGUGGCAGCAGACAGAAGUCUGGGACUAACACAUUAGACCCAGAAUCUUCUGCUCCUCCUAGUCGACUUGGGUCGACAUCUGCUGGUAGACAGAUGACUAUAUUUUAUGGUGGUCAAGCUCAUGUUUUUGAUGAUGUUCAUCCCAACAAGGCAGACGUUAUAAUGGCCUUAGCUGGAUCCAAUGGAGGAUCUUGGUCGACAACCUACUCCAAAUCUUUGAGGCCAGGUGGUGAAAGUAACAAGCCUGGUGGAGACAAUGAAACAGGUAUGGCAGUUAAUACGCCACUAUCACGUGAGUUUCGCGGAAGGUUAUCUGCCAGUGGCAUUUCUAAUCACGGAGUUGGCUCUGGGGAUCAAAUAUCCACACCAUCAGGUGUACAUCAAUACAACAUCAUAGCAAAAGAUUCAAGCAACCCUAUUCAAGCUGCAGAACCUAGUCCAGAAGCAAAAAGAGAGCUAUGAUGGUUGAGUCUGGAAUUAGUGUUAAUUUCUUUUUUUCCCAUAAUCAAUAUACAGGAUAGGGUAAUUGAGCUUUUUAUUCCUCUGAUAUCUUUCGGGCUUCAACCUUUUUCUUCUUUGAUGGUGGGACGGUACUCUCAUUGUUUAUAGGGGGAUCCAAUAGAGCUACCAGAUUCAUAAUCAGAUACAGCACUUGCCAAUUCUAUAA